AUGGCGGCUUCCUCGCUGGCCUGCCAGGCACUGGCUGAUAGCUAUCCCGAGUCAACACUUCACGGCAUGGACCUGUCACCGAUACAGCCAGACUGGAUCCCCGAAAAUGUCUCAUUCGUAGUCGACGACAUUGAGCACGAAGCGGGGUGGACGUACCCUGAAAACAAGUUUGAUUACAUUCAUAUGCGUCACACCUUGCCCUUUAUACGAGACCGCCCAGAGCUAUGGGAGAGGAUAUAUCAACACUUAAAGCCGGGCGGGUGGUUUGAGCUUCAGGAGUUUCACUACACAGCUGCUUGCGAUGAUAGCUCCUGCGACGGGCCUUACGCAUGGCGUGACUUCAUCAAUUACCUCGAGGCUGGCAUGGCAAACCUGGGGUCUGACAUGCACGGUAUCCUGAAGGCAGAGGAAGAGCUUGCCGCGGCUGGCUUUGAGGAUUUGCGGGUCAAGCAUCUGAAAUGCCCAGUCGGGCCCUGGGCCAAGAAGCAGAAACUCCAGGAAUGCGGCCAUGUCCUGCGAGAUGUCCUCAUGUUUGGCGUCAACGGCCUCGCGAGAAAACCUUUCCGCGAUGGCCUCAAUUGGACCGACAUCCAAAUCGAAGUGUUCCUUGUCGAAGUGCGAAAAGCAAUUACCAAGGAGAGGAACGGCCUGCCCAAGUUCCAUUCAUACUAUCCCUUUCGCAGCGUCUGGUGCCGCAAACCUCUGAAUGCGGCAUAA